UACCGGCUACGGAUGACAUUCUUCCGUUGAGAGCGGUGCGCUUUUGCUGCCCGCAGAGGAUAUUCAACUGAAACUACAACACUUAUUCAUUUAACGUGACACUUUUAUUUUAUUUUAUUAUCUGUAACGUUUGACGAUAGAUUAAUGUAGAGAGUGUAGAAUUGUGUUCUUCAGCAAGUGAAAAUGGUACUAACGUUACGUAGACUUGAACAGUAUUUCCUCCUUGGUUUUCAUUUUAUGCUUGUAUUUGGAAAGGAUUGUGGUCCAGCAGAAUACAAAACUAAUGAUGGUCAGUGCUGCCCAAUGUGUAAUAAAGGCUUGGUGGUCCGGAGAGAUUGUACAAUAGAGUCCAGCACAUCUUGUAUGCCCUGUAUCAGAGGGACCUUCAUGAACGAGGCCAAUGGUCUAACCAAGUGCUUUCCCUGCAGUCCCUGUGACCCAGGACAGGGCCUGUUCACUCAGACCGAGUGCAAACCAACAAGUAACACAGUCUGCCACGUUUUAGAUGGAUACUACUGUAGAAGCUACUCAUCCAACUCUGAGUGUAGCUUUGCAGUAGAACAUACACACUGUUCACCGGGACAGAGUACUAAAUCACCUGGUACAAAGACAACAGAUACCAUGUGUGAGGAGUGUCAGCAUGGCUUUUACUCACAACAUGGUGUGAACUGCACUGCUUGGACUGAUUGUGCAGCAAAGGGACGCGUGAAGACUGAAGAUGGAAAUUCUAGACAAGAUGUUAUUUGUAACAAAGUGCCACCAAGGAUCCAUACCACUCUAAUAGCUCCAAUAUUAUUAUUAUGCCUAACAGUUGCUGCACUGUUUGGUUUCUACCUGGCAAGAGCUAAAUGUAAGAAAGAACUGCAUGAAUUCUAUGAGGUUCCUGUGCAAGAAACGGGACAUCUACAAGUAACUACCAGUAACUCCCUGUAUGUCAUCCAUUUGGAUUCAAUAUUUCAGACUAUCAUAGUAAUAACUGAGUAAACAGAUUACUUUAUACUAGGGCUGGGACGAUACCAGUAUUAUGACAAUGAAACAAAAGACCAAGCUGAUUUAACUUCUUUAGGAAAAACAGCCCUAAUGUUGGAAAGAAACAUCAUUAUGUUUCCAUGCAGUCACAUGUAUAUAUUUUCCAAGCUUUAACAGAUGUUAUUUUACAUACAGAAGGUUUUUAAAGUACCAAAGAGUUUGGCCUGCUUCGUGUGUUAAUUUUUUCCCAUUGGAAAAAUACUGCAAUACUGCUAUCGUCCCGGCCCUACUUUAUACUAUUACUAACUAAAUUAUUGACUUGUUUGCUUGUUGUUUUCCAGAGUGGAAACAGCAGAGAAUGUGCCUGGUAAUGUUGUAACUGAUUGACAGUCAGCAUCCACUAAACUCAGAUGAAGUGCCAUAAAUGCAUGCAGAUACCCAGAAGGCUGUAAAACAUGAAUCGAGUACUUGUGAUAUGCAAUGCAUUUGCUCCUGCAUUUUGACUAUUAAGUAUACUUAUCUGGAGUGGACUGUUGAAUACAGUGAAUGCCAAGAGUGUGCAAAGCUGUCAUCAAGCAAAGGGUGGCUACUUUGAAGAAUCUCAAAUAUAACAUGUAUUUUGUACUUUUUGGUUACUACAUGAUUCCAUAUGUGUUAUUUCAAAGUUUUGAUGUCUUCACUAUUAGGUAGUGCUGGUAGGUAGUUCACUAUUGACUGGUGCUAUAUGUGUAUAAAAAGUAUACAGUAAAGUAUUUGGUCCCAUAUUCAUAGCACACAAUGACUACAACAUGCUUGUUUGUUUUGGUUGUGUUUCAAGAUUAUUUUGUGCCCAGUAGAAAUUAAGGGUAAAUAAUGUAUUGUGUCAUUUUGAUGUCACUUUCAUUGUAUUUAACAAUUAAAUGUUUCUAAACACUUUUAUAUUAAAGGGUAACGGAAACACUAGGAUUUAGAACGCCA